GUGGUCGUCACGUGACCAAGAGCUGCCUAGAGCAGAAGUCCUGCUAGUCGCCUCCGUCUGGGUACCAGCCCCCUAUUACUCUGCAGGCGUACGAAGGAAGAAGGAAACUAGCCCCGGACCGUGAGUUCUCCAAAGCCAGCUAUCUGUGUUUCCGACCUUCUGCCAGACUGUCCAUCAAUCUCCCUGGAAGGAGCACUGACAACAGAAGACAAGGGAAGAAGAAGAAAUUUACGUGAUUUUGAUUCAUCACAAGCUACGGGAGCCCAGGAGAGGCUGAAGAGGACUACGCCCCACCAUUCCUCACCCUGGCACUGUGAAGCCUCCUCAGUCAGGUGGAACAAGGCCCUCUCCUGUCCUGUCCCAAGGCUGGCACGGGCUUGAGCAUGGGCCGGGCUCGGGAAGUGGGGUGGAUGGCAGCAGGACUGAUGAUUGGGGCUGGUGCCUGCUACUGUGUUUACAAGCUAACCAUAGGAAGAGAUGACAGUGACAAGUUGGAGGAGGAGGAAGAGGAAUGGGACGAUGACCAGGAACUGGAUGAGGAGGAACCUGAGUUUUGGUUUGAUUUCACAACUAUGGCUCGGCCCUGGAGUGAGGAUGGGGACUGGACUGAACCUGGGGCCCCUGGUGGCACCGAGGACAGGCCCUCAGGUGGGGGCAAGGCCAACCGAACACACCCAGUAAAACAGCGCACAUUCCCCUAUGAACAUAAAAAUACUUGGAGCACUCAAAGCUUUAGAAAUUUCAGGAACGGAAAUGCACAGGUUCUGCCCGACAGCCUGGCCUCUUAAAUGGCCAUCUCGAAUGGAACGGAGCCGAAUCCACCCAAACCCCUCUGGUGAACACACGCUCGUGUUCUCGUUCAAAGAAUCUGACGUGGGUGCUGCGGAAGAUCCAGCCUUAGCCAGUCACCACACCACGGGGUGGAAGUUACACUUGCUACAUCGAGGACCACACUCUUCUGGGCCAGGCAGGGGUCCCCCCAGAGCUCUGAGUAACUUCUGGGUUUUGCAGUCUGCAGGCAGCGUGCAUUGUCAGUCACUCCCUUGCGGCCUUCCUCCUGUGCUAAAGGGAUCCUUUCAGCCGCCAGCUGUGGCUACAGAACUUCCUAUGAGAGCAUCGUGAGGGAGGCCUUGCCUGUGGUGGUCUCCCUGUCCGAGCUGGACCAUUCUGUGGAGACCAGGCACGGGUCGGGGUUCGUGCUGAAAACGCAUCCGUUGCCGCUUAGGUUGAAUUCUUUCCCAUCUACUCCUUCUGCUGUGUGAGCUGGUGGCUGGUGAACCCAUGCCUCCAAAGAGGACUCUCCCCUUCUCUGUGCUGUGCUGACUUAACCUCCAUUUGUGUGUAUCAUCAAUAAAGUCGUGUGCUUUGAUUGGCAA